AUGGUAAAGAAGAUAUACCACAAGAAGAAUGUUCAUAGUUGGCGCGACUUAGAUGGCCGAGCAGAACCUCUCCACGCUCGCCCAUGUCCUCUCAAGCCGCCCAACACACCAUCCCAUCUCAUUCCAUCUGCAUCUCACCCAUCCCACCUCACCACACUUGCAUUCCAUCACUACCAUCAUUCCACUGCAUUCACCAUUCUUCAAAAAAGGAGUUAUAGCCAAAAGAGUGAAGACUGCUCCAGACAGCCUAUCGAGAAUCAGCGCCGAACCGCGCACACCGGCCGAGAGAACGAAUGUUCCGCGCUCGGCCAAUAUCAUCCGACUGUCUCGGCCAAAGUCCACGGCCGAUCACACACGACCCGGGAAACAUUGUCCCGCGGUCGGCCAAACACCACGCCACCGCGCACGACCGCGCGCGCGACCGGGAACAACGCCUCGCGGCCGCGCAACUCACGUACCGCGGCCGACAUCCGUCCGACCGGGAAGGCUCGCCCGUCGCGGCCGAAGACCAUCGGCCAAACCUCAUCCGUCCGACCCGCCGGCCGACCGAAAUCUCCGGCCACGACCGUUCCGACCGGCCCCGACCCGACUGUCCGGCCGAUCGUCCCGACCGACCGUCCGAACGCCGCGGUCGACCCGAAGCCGUUUUUGAAGCCCAAUCCGCACAAUUCAAGCCCAAAGCCGGCGCCGACCUAG